UCACCGGAGGCUGGAGAAAGCCGUGUCGGAUCCUGAGCAAAACUCAGAGUCACGCGAGUGGCCGCGCGAUUCGGUACGUGAGUUUGAACGACAUUUUAGAGUGAUACGGGCCAUGUGGUCCAAGGGGGCCAUGAACGUCACUAGAUUCAAGUGUCUGGUGAUAAUAUUGGGACUCAACCUGGCCCAGGGCUUCAGCCAAAAUGCGGAACCCGGUGGAAAGGAGAGGCGGAACGUUGCUGGAGGGGAAACUGCGGGGCAUCCUUACGACGAUUCCGGACUUAUGACCAAUCCUGACAGUGUCUUCGUAACGAGCACGCAAAGGGCGAAGCAGCCUUUCGACUGGGAGGCGUUUUCCAGAGGCGAGGGAACGCUCGAGGAGAGAAAGGAGCUCUUAGCAAGGAACGCCAGAGAAGAAUCAGAAGUGGUAGAGGAGGCCGUGAUGCUGCAGGGCAAUAAAAAGGCCGCUGAGGCAUUCGCGACUUCGGCGUCACCGGCGGAGGUGGGCAAAUCAAACCAUCAAGACAUCAACGAGACGACAACCCUUCUUCCACCUCCGCGCAAGAAGAGCCGAAACAGGGUCGGCGAACGACGUCGUAGGCUGAAACAGUUCCUGGCAGUAAUGUCCCGCGGAAACGAGAGUAAUGCGACGGCCUCGAGUAUCUCAGGCGCUCCUCGUCCAGGUCGCCGAGUUAACACCGAGCUGAACAGCGUGGUCCGGAGGCCUAAGAAAGACAGAUUGAACACGGAGCACGGAAGGGUGUCUCAGCGGCGAAAGUCUGGCAGGACGAAUCCCGGUGGAGAUAAAGAGCUCAAGGAGGCCAGGGAGCGGAGGAAGAGGCUGAGGAUGGAGAGGCGGAGAAGACGGGCCAGAGAGAGGCGACGGAGGAACAAGAUCCACGAUGGUUCGAAGGGAGGAAAAGGCCGGAGGAACCGGAAGCAGAAAGAGCCGGCAAACGUUGAACUCAAGGCUGUACCUCGGGUGAGCGAAAUGAAACUAUCGCGAGGGCGCGUCUCCGUCGAUCAGCAGCGCGACGAGCCGCUCACCCCUGGACCAACGCUCGAAGAAGGGACUUCCGGUGGUCGGAAAAAGCUCCAGGAUCAUCGAGACCAGCGUCAGGAGAACGUGGAGAGGGAAUUCUCGAAGCAGUUUGAAAAGGAGCUUUCGAGGUCCGCUCAGCCCUUGACAGCUGGUCGUCCGAUGCCGCAGCCCAAAGUGGUCGAUGGAAAGGUUGGGAAUCUGGAGGAUCUGCGAUUCGCCGGUGAAAAGAUCCUCGGAUAUUCCGGUUCGGAGAACGAACUGCCCUCCGACGACGCCAACAAUGAGGUUUUCCCCGCCAACCACCUCGAGCAUUAUCGAGAUUACAUAACCAACGGUCUACUGCUCGGCCAAACUUCCACCAAACUCCGGGGCGAUUCAUACGCCGAGAAUUCAAAGCUCCACCGGGAGACCGCCACUUUCCCUGGGAAUUCGUCGGAGGCUGAAAAUUCCAUUUCGAACGGUCGGGAUUCCGAUGAAGUUUGGAGAACGGAUGUCAGCGACAUGAAGGGUGAUCUGUCGUGCAUAAAUGGCACCUUCUUGCCGGCGCCAUUGUCCAGGAACGCGUUGAUCAAAUACGUCAAGUCUUCGACGCCGGGCCACGAGUAUCUCGAGGCAGACUACGAAUGCACGCCGGGAUACAGCAUGGCGACAAAGGCUUGUCGUCUGCUCUGCAAGGACCGUCGGUGGAUCGGCGACAUGCCCAGGUGUAAGCUGCGACGAAAUCCGAACGACCUUUGCGCCGAUUUUCAGUGCGACCAGGUCUGCAGAGAAGUCAACGGCACCCCGAUGUGCACCUGCUACAAGGGAUUCCGCCAAGAGGGAAUCAAGUGCAUCGACGUUAACGAGUGUGAGAAUGGAAACGGUGGGUGCGAAUUCAUCUGUCUAAAUACCCCCGGCUCCUAUCGCUGCGAGUGUCCGAAGGGCAUGAGGCAAGGGGAGAACAGAUAUACAUGCAUGGACAUAAACGAGUGUCUGUUAAACAACGGCCACGGACCGUGUCAGGAUACUUGCCGGAAUUUCGAGGGAGGAUACGGGUGCUCGUGCGAAGGGCUUCCAGGGACGGUGCUGGGGCCCAACAAUCAUACCUGUCAGGACGCAGGACCCUGCGGCACAAGCAACGCCGGAUGCUCUCAUACGUGCCUGUCGACAAUGGGGAGGGUCUUUUGUCUCUGUCCCGACGGCUUCAUGCUCGAGGAUGAUUGGAAGACCUGCCAAGACGUAGACGAGUGCGCGGUACCUGACCUACAGUCCGUCGUUUGUCAGCACGGGUGUAUCAACACGCCGGGAUCCUACCGGUGUUCAAAACCAUCGGAAAUGAACGACGAACCGCCCUCUGACGUUCCCAAAAAGUCCUGCGAACUGGGAUUUGAACCCUCCGUCAACAACGGAUGCGUUGAUAUCAACGAGUGCAGCUUUUCGAACGGUGGCUGCAGCGAGGUCUGCGAAAACACGGUGGGAAGUUAUUUCUGCGCAUGUAACGGCGAGGAGAGGCUGUUAUCAUCGGACGGAAAAACUUGUACGGACACGAAGGACGUCGCCUGUCCGGUUCUCAACCCCUCCGGCCGGGGCUACGUCAUGUGCUCGCGUCUAUCAGCCCCCCAGCCAUGGCGCGGCAGGAAAAGGAUGAUUAACCGACCCGGUACAAAGUGCUUCCUUAAGUGUCCUUACGGCUACCAGCUCAGAGGAGAGUACGAGCUGACCUGCGGGACUGAAGGGAACUGGCUCGGAUCCAGGCACGGGGAGUGCGUCAGAUACAGCAAGCCUCGGCUGGACUGUCCGCCAAACUUUAUCGCGGAAGUUCCACCUGGGCAGUCAGAGGCUUUCGUCACCUUUACUCAACCCUCGACGGAUCUAGACUGGUUCCGAUACGUCAAAUCCGAGCCGGCCUGGGGCAUCAAACUGGAAGCUAAUCUCACGCCGGGGAAGCACGUGGUCACGUUCACAGCAAAGCAUCCGGUUUCGAAGAAGCAGACAACCUGCACGCUCAGCAUAACCGUGAAACCCGGUGAAGCUCCGCGGAUAAAAAACUGCCCGAAAAACAUUAUCGUCCAUGGUAGGAACAGCACGAUAGUCACGUGGACCGAACCAGUUUUCACGGACAACGUCAACAUCAGCAACGUCGUCAGCAAUCAGAAUCCGGGAGCCUCGUUUCCCGUCGGUGAUCACAAAAUCCACUACGAGGCAAGCGACGAGGCUGGUUGGACGGCGACCUGCGAUUUUCUGGUAACGAUUCGCGAUGACUGAACGGCUUACCUACAUAAACGAACCUACAAUUGCGCAGCUUUUCGCGGAAGGGAAAUCGGAAGCGGAAGCUGCGAUCCAUAAGAAAGAAUUAACGACGGAGCUGCGAAAAGGAGCGUCGAUUCCUCUGAUCCUGGAGUGUAUAAGUUGAUAUAUGAAUAGGCGACGUUGCACCCCGAAAUUAUCGUAACAUACCAGCGAACUGCGAAUAAGAUACGAAUAAAUUUGUAAUUUCGA